CACAUUUUGACAUUUCUAGAAAACAACAUAACCUUUAAACUCACAAACUUAAUUUUGCAAGAUUUUUUUUAUCAAUUGAAAUGCCUGGCGUUUUAAAAAAACCUCAACAAUCGUUAAUGUUAACAUCCGAAGUUGAAAAUGCACCUUCGAAUCAACCGAGACAACAACCGACAAGCUUAGAAGGUUUAUUAAGGUUUGCUGUGGAAGCGACUCGGCGCGAAGAUGGGGCUGGCCCGUCAAAUUUCGCCCCAAUGGAAGAAGAAAAACGAAAAUUUCUAGAAGACGCGCUCAAAUCAAUGACAAUCGAUGUAAUUGAGAUCUUGGUUAAUCAAAUUAAAACGUUUGAUAACGUUGGGAAUGUUUCUGAGGUUGAUGAUGUUACCGAAUACAUUCAAGCGUUUGAAACGAUAUGCGAUUACGUCGAUAAUAUCGAUAUAGCAAACGAUUUUUAUAAAAUCGGCGGAUUUAGCAUAAUCCGGCCUUGUUUAGAGUCAAAACAUUCCGAAUUAAAGUUACGAGCAGCCGAUUUACUUGCAGAAUUAUGCCAAAACAAUAUAUUUUGUCAAAAUGUUGCAAUUAAUCAUGGUUUUCUUCAAAUAUUAGUCCCAAUGUUAAAGGAGACCGAUUUUAAUGUUGUUGCUAAAGUCAUUUACGCCAUUAGUUGUAUAAUAAGAGAAAAUCCGCCUGGUUUGCAUUUAUUCGAUGGGUUACAAGGUUUCGAGAAUAUAAAGGAGCCUUUAUUAAACAUGGAUGAACGCACCCGAAAAAAAUCUGCUUUUCUUUUGGUCGCUUUGUGCAACAUGGACGGAAAUAUAAAAGAAAAAAUUAUUUCUUUGGAUUACAUCAACGAAAUCGUGACGAUUUUAAUGAACGAGUAUCAAACGUCUUUUGAAGAUUGUGGAAUGCUUUUGCAAACACUCAUUGAGGACAAUGAAUCGGGAAUUUCCGUGUGUCGUGGACAUGAAGAGUUUGAGGAGUUUCUCAAAAACCAUAUUGAAUUUACAGAGAAUAAAGAUGAAUAUAUAGAAGCGAAUGCGAUUUAUAAAAAUUUGUUACGUCAAAUAUUUCCAGAGGGGAAUUAAAUUUUUUUAUCGUGUAUAUCUUUUAAUAAGUGUGUUAAUUUAUAAGUUUUUGAGAUUAGAAAUAAAGUUAUUGUAUAAA